UGGAAAUGACGUAGGACAUCAAGUAAAUCUAUCUGUGGAUCUGUGCCCUUAGCGCAUCACGCUGAAUGGGCUUUAUUUCCCCUUGACUACCAUUUCAAAAUAUUAGAGCAACACACGACUUAUACCUCUACCUUUAUCUAACGCCAACGUGCUUGUAUAGUUAAACGGCAGUGUGACAAUAUUUUUUUUGUGCUAAAUCGUUACCGGAGGAACAGGUGGCUUUUUGAGGUGCUAUAGCGAAUAUGCCGCUACAAAACCAGAAGCAACCUGUAGUUCUAUGGAAACCAAUCGCAACAGUCGCUGCAGUUUAACCGGCAAAAAUAAAGCACAGGACGACAGUUAACGCCAGCCAUGACAACUGGCGAUUUGAGAGGAUGUCUCCGAAAGCUGGAACGUCAGCUCCGAACGCUUAAGUACCCCAGAGAAGUGGAUUAUUGCUCUUUGGCCAGAGGUGACCUUUCGUCGGUUCUGCCAAUCGUGAGCUACGCCUUCGUCUCCUAUUCGUCGCAUGUAGCCGAGCACCUCGUGGAGCUCGGGGUCGAGCUAGCGGGGAAGAACGACCUUCGCUUCGUCGAAACCGUGUAUAAGGUCCUCCGCGACGUCUUCCACUAUAAGCCGCUGCUGACCAAGCAGCAGUUCCUGCAGCCAGGUUUCGCCGAGCAUAAGAUCGGCAUCCUCUGCGACGUCAUCGGGUUCGUGACCAGGAAGCACGGGCAGCUGUGCAAGGUGGCCAGGCCUACUUUCCAGAAAAAGAGUAAAUCUGGAUUUCCGUCCAUCGAUCUGCUGUGUAAAAUGGAGAAGCUUCCUGUCACUGAUGUAGUAACGUCAGGGACAUUCAGUAAGCUGCCCUUGGUGGAGAAACACACCGGCGAUACGUCUUCCGCGCUCACCAACCCCUUGUGCAACGAGGCGAACUCUGAGGCAGGAUCUGAGACUAGCUCUGAGGUGGAGGAGCCUGAAGCUGAAGACCCACUGUCACCCGCUUGGCCGACGGAGCCGCAGGUUUGCCCCACACCAUCUCUCCCGCUGUGGCAGGUAAUGCGCAGCCCACCUUCUUGUCACGCACGUGACCCGCAGGUGGAUGAGGCCAGGCUGCAGGCUCUCGAGGCCCAGCUGCAGGAGUGCCAGGCCAAGCUGGAGAAGCUCUCCAGCUUGGAGAGGCGGCUGCAGGCCCUGGAGAGGGACACAGCUGGGAAGGUCGUCGUGGACAGGGAGCAGUGGGAGAACCUGGAGAGCCGGGUGCUGCUGCUGGAAACCAGGCUGGCCCUGAGCUCAGCACAGGCAGAGUCAUCGAUACUGCUGACAGAAAAAGACGACAUAACAAGCCAAGAAGCUUCUGAAGCUGAACCCGAGGUUGCCAGCGGCCUCCGCGGCAUUCCGGCGGGACACCAACCCCCUGAAGCAAGUCCCAUCUCUGUGACUAAUGUCUCAAAGGGGACGUUAAAGCGAUUGGAGAGAAUCGCCAGCAUGAUGAAAGAUACAUCAUGUCUUCUGAAAUGUGGAGAUCCCUCUAUGUAAAUUCUUCCCAUUUUCUUUUGGCGGCGCUGCAGGCCCAUGUACGGGAGCAUGGCGCUGGGAAUUUCGUCCAGCUUCAGCGUCAUGCACAUGCAGAUGGGGGCGGAGCCUGUCUGUGAAGGUUCACCAGCAUGUCCACGGGAGCCUGGUUUAUCGUUAGAACAGAUUGCGACAUCUAGGAGGGAGCGGAAGGAGAAAAACGUUAGGUCACCCAUUUUCCUCUCACAAUUCAGCUGAACAAGGGCGCCACUGGACGCCAUGUAAACAUAUCAAAUUGGGCCCCCAACCCAGACCAGUCUACUUCUGCUCCAUGUUUUCGAGGGCCCCACAUUUUAAAGGGCCCUUGGAAUCAUCCUAACACCCUCCCACCGUAUGGCUAUACACCCCCGCAGC